AAAAUAUCCUCGGUUUGUGGUGGAUGAUGCCGAAAAUGAUCCGAAAUCUGACCCUAAACGGGAGCCGAGUCGGAGGCCGUUGGCUGUGGUCAAAUCUCCAAGCUAGAGAAACAUUAGCAGCGGCGCGUCGGUCUGGGUGACAGCUGUGGCUCAGCUCGGCUUAAUAACGACCUUAUACGCACAAACCCUGGAAGUUUAGCUAAAAUGGCCGUUUUUCGAAGUUUUGUUCUGUAUUGUUGCGGACCGAGAGAUUUUUAGUGCGAUGUCAAAGCUGGACAUUUCGGGGCUGUUAGCCUAGCCUAGCCUAGCCAGCUUUGAAAACGUUCCCUCGCUCAGGUGAAGAUUUCAGCGUAAAACGAGGAAAAUGUGUCUGCAGUCCUGCCGCGAGCACCACAGUCUAAGAGCUUGCUGGGUGCUGAAGGUCGGUGAAGCGAGUGUAUUGUGUCCGACUUGGUUUGAAGUUCUCGUGUUUUCGUGGUAAAGACUCCCUCGGGUAAGUUGUGCCCUCUUGUUGAUGGAGUUGUGUCUCUGCGUUGCAGGCUGGGUUACUGAGCCCGUUAACACGCCACCAGCACAGCCACCCAGACUAAACCCGUCGCCUGUUUAACCAAGCGGCAGUGGCUUCGGUGAAAAACAAAGCGAAACAGCCGGUGAAGAAGUUUGACUGAGAAACUACUGAAACUGCAAGGGAUGGAGGAGCUGCAGUCUCUGGACCCACGCAGACAGGAGCUGCUGGAAGCUCGCUUUAUGGGGGCCGUCAGCGGCAGCACCGGGGGCAGCACAGGGAGUACCAGUGGAGGGGCCAAGGGGUUAAACAAUAAUGAGUGCUCCAAUCACAGCUUUGGCAGCCUGGGGUCAUCAAGUGACAAAGAGUCAGAAAACUCUGAUAUGAAAAGAGGAGGCUCUCCUGCAUAUUCAACACCGGAGAAGAAGCACUCAGAGUCAUCGAGAAGAAAGAGAAAAGCUGACAACCAGUCAGAGAGCAACCAAGGGAAGUCUUCCGGCCGAGGGGCGAAGAUCAGCGAUUAUUUUGAUUUGCAGGGUGGAAAUGGCUCUAGUCCGGUGAGGGGCAUUCCUCCUGUCCUCCGCUCCCCACAUGGCUCACACUCUGCACCUGGAUCCAUUGUCCGACAGAACAGCUCCUCACCCACCAGCCUGUGUUUCACUGAUCACGCGACACACCCAAAGCAGCUUAGCAGCAGAAACGUGCAGACUGAUCUGACAUUGCUGAAGCUCGCAGCACUUGAAAGCAAUAAGAAUCUGGAUCUGGAGAAAAAAGAAGGAAGAAUAGAUGAUCUGCUCAGGGCUAACUGUGACCUCCGGAGACAGAUUGAAGAGCAGCAGAAGCUGUUGGAGAGAUAUAAAGAGCGGCUGAACAAAUGCACUACCAUGAGCAAAAAACUCCUCAUUGAGAAGAGUACGCAGGAGAAACAGUCAUGUCGGGAGAAAAGCAUGCAGGACCGUUUGCGGCUUGGCCACUUCACCACAGUCCGACAUGGAGCGUCCUACACAGAGCAGUGGACCGACGGAUAUGCCUUCCAGAACCUGGUCAAACAGCAGGAGUGGAUAAACCAGCAGAGGGAAGACAUUGAGAGGCAGCGGAAACUGCUAGCAAAGCGCAAACCCCCAAAUACCCCUGCCUCACAGAGCCCCACCCCUUAUGGAGAAUCCAAACCCAGAAAGACCAAAGCAGUAAACGGAGCCGACAGUGACCCCUUCCUCAAACCCAGCUUACCUACACUGUUGACUGUAGCAGAGUAUCAUGAACAGGAAGAAAUCUUCAAAUUGAGACUGGGUCAUCUUAAAAAGGAGGAGGCAGAGAUCCAGGCUGAGCUGGAGCGUUUGGAGAGAGUGAGAAAUUUGCAUAUUCGUGAACUGAAGAGAAUUAGUAAUGAGGACAGCUCUCAGUUUAAAGAUCACCCCACUCUCAAUGAUAGAUAUCUCCUUUUGCACUUGCUGGGAAGAGGAGGAUUCAGUGAAGUUUACAAGGCCUUUGACCUGUUCGAGCAGCGCUACGCUGCAGUGAAGAUUCACCAGCUCAACAAGAACUGGAGAGAAGAGAAAAAGGAAAACUAUCACAAGCAUGCCUGUAGAGAAUACCGAAUCCACAAGCAACUGGACCAUCCUAGAAUAGUCAAACUGUACGACUACUUCUCCCUGGACACAGACACAUUCUGUACGGUGCUUGAGUUCUGUGAAGGGAAUGAUCUGGAUUUUUAUCUGAAGCAGCACAAGCUGAUGUCGGAGAAAGAAGCACGCUCCAUUGUCAUGCAGAUUGCUAAUGCUCUCCGAUACCUCAACGAGAUCAAACCACCAAUCAUUCACUAUGACCUCAAACCAGGAAACAUCCUGCUUGUGGAUGGUACAGCGUGUGGAGAGAUAAAAAUCACAGAUUUUGGCCUGUCGAAAAUCAUGGAUGAUGAUAACUAUGGGGUGGACGGCAUGGACCUGACCUCCCAGGGGGCCGGAACCUACUGGUAUUUACCACCAGAGUGUUUUGUAGUUGGUAAAGAGCCUCCAAAGAUCUCCAACAAAGUAGAUGUUUGGUCUGUGGGCGUCAUUUUCUUCCAGUGUCUGUAUGGACGCAAGCCCUUUGGCCAUAACCAGUCUCAGCAGGACAUACUCCAGGAGAACACCAUCCUCAAAGCCACUGAAGUCCAGUUCCCUCCUAAACCUGUGGUCAGCAACGAAGCCAAGGCGUUUAUUCGCCGCUGUUUGGCCUAUAGAAAGGAGGACCGUUAUGAUGUCCACCAGCUUUGCAGUGACUCCUACCUGCUUCCGCACAUCAGAAGAUCCAAUUCAUCGGGAAACCUGCAAGCCACGCCCUCAAGCCCUGCCUCCUCCGGCAUCAUCUCCUACUGAUCUCUGGCUGGAAAGACGGUUGACUUUAUUUCAGCAGCGCUUUCCCUCACCUGCCCACCCCCAUGCGGAUGGAAAGGGAGAGGGGCCUACAAGCAUAAAGACAUGCCCCUGGCCCGGCAUCGGUUGCCAUGGUGAUAAGCAAGCAUGGCUGAAGUCGCCUCCUCCGUGCGCUCCGAUUGGGUGCAACUGUGUUUAGCACAGAUGGAAAAACUUGAAUAUGUAUGGCUUCAGAGUUUGAUGGUUUAAAAAUAGAUGUUCUGUGAAGCUGUAAAAAGUAUAAAGGGAGGAAAUUUCUGUGCUUACUGAAGCUUACAGGCACUGUAGGGGGAGACUUUACAUUUUACUUCUCACUGUUAUUUCUGUGUUAUAGCCCUUGAAAGGGGUCUCUGUGUGUGCGUGUGUGUAUUUGAAGCCAGUGUUGUGUGCGUGUUGCCAGGUUUCUGGAGCGUGUGUCAGUCAAAGAUGCUGUUGGGAAAGUGUAGUUGGGGUGUGUGUGUGUGUGUGUGUGUGUGUGUGUGUGUGUGUGUGUGUGUGUGUGUGUGUGUGUGUGUGUGUGUGUGUGUGUGUGUGUGUGUGUGUGUGUGUGUGUGUGUGUGUGUGUACGAAAGCACAGUACUCUGGAGUUUGUGUGUGCGCGUCUGUGGUCAGUGUUAGUAUUCGUCGCUGUCAUUAGAAAACCUUCUAAAUCCAUGUUUUUUAUUUCAUUUCAUGUAGUAUGGCACAAUAGAAGCGGUCUAAAGUGAUUUGGAGUAAAAUCUUGUACUUUAAUUUUCCAUUUUGUUGCUUUUUCAAAAUGUCUGCAUAAUUUACUUGUUAAGUUGCAGACAGUCAUUAUUAGAAGUGGUUUAAUUUGAAAUGCUUGAUUUCAGAUAAACUUGCUAAAGUCAAAAGUGGUCAUAGUGGUGGUGAUGGGAACCAGUUGGUCUGAUGGGUUUAAUGCCUCUAAAGCCCCCACGCAGAACGUUCUUGCCUGCUACCUGAGGCACUGUUUUACAAUAGUUUUGAGAAGCUUCGGGCCUAAAAUGGACUUUUUAGGGCGGAGAUUAUGGCUUAUAUACGCAGGGCAUAAGGCGAAAUGCUACCCAGUGCAGUGUAUUUUUUCAGAUUUUCGACUGGUGUAAACAUUGGAUAAAACUCAGAUGACACACAGCUUCUACAUCUAUGUUGGACCAUCCAAGUCAGUCAGUGUCUCUGCAGUGAAACAUUUCAGAUCAAACCACUUUGAAUGGUUUUGUUUACAUCUCAACGAUUUAAUUAUAUCGACAUAUCAAAAAAUGUCAGCGAUUUCUCUUUAGGAGAUACAAGGUUUUGUUACGACAGUGACAGCAUGUGGGCUGUCCUUUGAGCUGCUUAUUUUCAGCUACAAAGGUGAAAAUGUCUUUUGAAAGCUCCUCCAGCUGUGAUGUGUAUGUUUCCAUGAUGUGUGUGUUAGCAGGUCCACUUACUGGCGGAUCUGCUCCUUCCUUCAUUUUCUCCUUUAUUUCUUUCGUUCUUUCUUUCCUCGAGCAAUUUUCAUGAUGCUGCUAUACAGUGUCGCUUUUUAGUUCAUAUUUUUUUAGUUGUAUGAUUUUAAUUAGUAUAGAAAUCAUACAAAAUUAUACUGGUCAGGAAAUCACAGCAUGUUGUUGAUGAUAAAAAUCUAACUUUUUUGUUAGCGUGUGUGUGUGUGUGUGUGUGUGCGCGCGCGAACAUGUGUGCAUCUGGAUGUGUGUGUGAGUAAAAAUUUUAAGUGAAGAGACGGAAGGUGGGCCGGACCCCGCCCUUAAUGAUAAUUAAAGCCCAUGUGUCCUGAGCCAUUGCUCUCCUGUUGCUAGGCAACCCUUGACCCCUCAACCCAGAACAGCCACUCUGACCAGAGACCAUGCACUCACAGACCGGAGUGUUCUCAGCAGUCUUGGGUCAAACCUUUACGCUUCGUUUCCUCCCCGUCUCUCUCGAAAACCUGUCAUCAGCUCAACACCUGUGAUCUGUCUCUAAAAUGCUGCUGCAAUUGUAGGGAAUGUAGCCAAAAGAAAAAUAAAAAUUCAAAAAACUUAUUUUAAUACAA